UCCCCGCCAGCCAGCACGACGCUCUUCCUCUGCGGCGACGUAGGGCCAGUCCCGCAACAUGGCUUUGGCUCAGGCCCCGCUGCCGCUGCUCCGGGCGGGCAGUCUGUCCAGGUUUCAUUGGUUGGAUUUUCUUGGCAAGGCCUCCCCAUGGGCUUCACAGCAGGGCCUUCGGAUGUAUGGAAGUGUUCCUGCCGCAGGGAUUGUCCAAGAGGAUAACAGCGAUCUCAAUGACAAGAUUUUGACUGAACCCCUCAGACAUUCUGAUUUCUUUAAUGUAAAGGAACUAUUUUCCCUUAAAACUCUUUUUGAUGCCAGAGUACAUUUAGGACAUAAAAAAGGUUGUCGUCACAGGUUUAUGGAACCAUACAUCUUUGGGACCCGCCUAGAGCAGGACAUCAUUGACUUGGACCAAACAGUCAAGCAUCUCCAGCUGGCUUUGAAUUUUACUGCCCACGUGGCCUAUCGGAAAGGAAUUAUUUUGUUCGUGAGCCGGAACCGGCAGUUCACCUACCUAAUAGAAAAAAUGGCAGUGGACUGUGGAGAGUAUGCCCACACCAGAUAUUUUAAAGGGGGCUUGCUGACCAAUGCUCCUGUCCAAUUUGGCCCUGGGGUCCGUCUCCCAGAUCUGAUGAUCUUCUUCCAUACCCUGAACAAUGUCUUUGAGCCACACGUGGCUGUGAGGGAUGCUGCCAAGAUGAACAUCCCUACGGUGGGCAUUGUAGACACAAACUGCAACCCAUGCCUCAUUUCAUACCCCAUCCCUGGAAAUGACGAUUCCCCUGACUCCAUCAAGCUCUUCUGCCAUCUCUUUGGAACAACCAUCAAACGAGCUAAGGCGAAGAGGAAGCAAAUGGAAUUCCUCUACAGCCAGCAGAGCAAACAGAUGGCUCACAAGACAGGAGACACAUACCAGCAGCCCCCUAGCCCUGCUCAGCUGGGGACACAGACUGUGAUGAACUGAAAAAGCCGAGUUUUGUAAAAGGUCACCUGACAUCUACCAAAAUAAAAACUAGACCUGAAUAUCUCCUAGUA